AUGGCCGGCCUUCUUUUAUUUACCCAGCAAGACAACAAUGGACACGACGUCAUCGCACGCUUCGCCAGUAGUCUCCUCCGACAAAAGCGACCUCAAGAUACUGGACAUGCCAGGAUGGGACAUCCGGCGGCUCCAGGCCACAAGGAGGGUCCUCCGGGUGAUGGCCCAGGGGGCCAACGGAGUGAGGGCGAUCCCGGUGGGCAAAGCAAGAACGGAGGAGGAGGACCACCGGCCCAGCUUGGAGCUGCUGACGAGGCAAAGGAGACAGAGGAGGAGCCAGGAGAGAAGGGAGGUGGGCCGGAGAUGCCAGCGGAGCAGGGCCACCCGGCGGGGCCGGUGGGCCAGGAAGGAGGAGCUGGAGGCAAGAUUGAGAAGGAUAACGGGGCCACGGGAAGGCCUCCUAGGCCGGUGCUCAAAAGAGCGGAGUCGGCAGGAGACGGAGGAGCGGUGCCCGAGCACAACUGGCCGCCAGAGCUGCAAAAGAAAGUGGAGGAAGAGGCCUGGAGGAGGAGAAAGAACACGGGCCGGUGGAGCGUGGUCUAG